AUCUGGAUGUAGUAAGAUGUCUUGAAGUCUUCAUCGCUUUAAUUCAAAGCUCAUCGCGGCCAUGCAUCCAAAAUCGCUUAUCAGUAUAUGUAUAGACCAUAUAGUCAGUGCCACCAUCGCAUAUACCCAAAGUCAUGCUCCAGAGGUAGCAUGGCCGGACGUGAGCCAACUGUGGGCGACACUCUGGCGUCUUCCUCUGCAGCUUCCUCUUCGAGCAAGUCGCCUCCUCCACGCUCACCUCACAUAUGACCUUUCUGAUGCCACUUUGCCUCUGAUGACCUUGUUGGCGGCUGAGGCGAGGAGGAUUUCACUCCGUCCCACUGACAGACAACUCGCAUCUGCUGGUUUUUCUGGCGUGAGGUUGAAAUUCAUAAAACUGGUGUCUCGACAUGAGCUUCGCGAACUCGAUAUUACUGGUGUGGAUCUUGGUUUAGAUACAACACUGUUGGAGAGUCUGUUGCCACGGUGCCCUAGCCUCUGUGCCCUCAAACUCGGUGGCAACACGUCUCCAAGCGUUCUCCGAGCUGCUAGGACUUGCCCCGUCCAAGUCCUCCACGUGAGCGAACGACUCGUCUGGAACCCACGAGUUUCGGAACCGGACCUUAUGGAAAUAUUCUUUGGGUUGACAGACGUUCAAGCGGAUCAAAUGCUGCAAAAUGUCAAAGACGGGAAGCCGCUCAACUUGAAGCCCUCGUGGCCACUUCUAAAAGAUCUUUGCGUUGGUUUUUGUAGAGUAAGGUGUGAAUUUUUAUUUUUAGUACUGACUGUUUUUCAGAAUUUGGACAAAAUUUCAAGCAAGUUGGUACCUUCUCAACGAGUUCUCGACAUGUACUUAAGCUACAUGCAUAGUUCACCUGGUAUUCCAAAACUUAAGCUCAAAAGCUGCACAGUGGUAUCGGGAGAGUUUGCAAGAGUGGCCGUCGCGGUCCCCGACUUGGAGGAACUUACGUUGAUUCCUCGAGGGGGAAGUGACCACUCGACGGCCGAGGACUUGAAGGCGCUGACAACCCUUCCAUCGUUCAAAGUCCUGCGGCUCCACAAUCUGCGACACUUCGGCCAAGGUGACCUUUCCAUAAUAUCUGACAGCUUAAAAUUGAUCGGACCAAAGUUAGUCAACUUAGAACUUCAAGGUGGAAAGGUCAGCGAAACAUGUAUAGGGUACCUCACACUGGUUCUUCAGAAGUGCCCAAAUCUUCAAAGACUUUGUCUAGAUUCAAACUGUGGAUUCUCAGCCACUCAUUCUGAACCGUUAAAAGUUGGCUGCUUAAAAAACCUUAAAUCCUUUAAGUGUAGAGCUCCUCUAUUUGAUCACACGACGUUAAUUUCUAUGUUUCACUGGUUUCCAAAUUUGCAAAACCUGACUCUUGCUGGCAGAGUAAAUGGCUUUGAAGAAGUCUUUAAGAACUUAGUUCUCUUGCCAGAUCUUAGAGUUCUUAAAGUAACAGUAAAGCAGCAGUUGCCAAUUCAAGAUAUCUGCGAAGUUCCAGGAUCUAUACGACAUAGCAAUUGUGAAUUUCAUGUACCCUCCGCGUGUCUUACGGAAGAGGAUAUUUCAAAAAUUCAGUUUUCUGGUUGGACCUUUGUUCCAAUAAGUGAAUACAACUCUUGGUAAAUCAGAUUGUUUGAUAAACCGAUUAGGGAUUUUAUACAUACAAUAAAAAAUAAAUAAUUAAAA